AUGAUCCAUUUAAUUAUCAAGCUUUGCGCCCGGAAGCGGAGUUUGAUUACGAGGGGGGGGGAGGGCGAUAAUUUCGGAAAAAUCGAUGCGCGCUGUAAUGGGCGUCGCCAAAGUCCCAUCCGGUUGGAAACGAAGACUGCCGUCCGGCGCACCGUUCCUCAACCCCUUAUUUUGGAGGGAUACGCCGAAAAUGCCACACAAGUUGUUGUAACCAACGAUGGACAAACAGCCAGAUACACCUUCCAAUACGCUAAUAAUCGCACUGUCAUAGCCCGGGGAGGCCCUCUGCAGGGGAGUUAUCGCUUUGAUAGCUUGGAGUUCCACUGGGGAUCGGAUUCGAGCCGAGGAUCCGAGCAUGUGAUGGACAAUCGAUCAUAUCCUAUGAGCAUACAGCUGACGUUCUACAAUCAAAACACCUUCGAGGAAGCGGAAAAUCAAACUUACGGUCUAGCUGUGUUGGGAUUAUUUUUCGUCGUUGUCGAUAGAGAUCCAAAUUAUCGUUGGAUUGACGCCUUGUUUCAGGUUCAGGACGCUCCUAGCAGUUACACAUUGCCGGAUCCGACGGCAUUCAACAUUGCACAACUGAUUGGCUCACGCCGGCUGCCCUAUUUUUCGUAUCAGGGAAGUCUGACAACGCCUCCGUGCUACGAAACCGUCACCUGGAUACUGCAGAAAAGAACACUAAACAUAAGCGAGAAUCAGUUGAAUGCAUUUCGAUCGCUGAAGCAAACGAAUGGUCAACCACUGGUGAACAAUUACCGGAACCCACAACCUCUGAACGGACGACAGGUUGAUCUCUAUCGGUGUACGUACUGA